AUGCAAAUCUUUCCCAGCGGUUCAAAUCACUUCAAUUCAUCAGAACCCUUUCAAUUUGGGAAAGAUAGUAGGAGAAGAACAACCACACAAAAAAACAAAAAGGAAAUCAAUGAGGACGCCACGCCACGAAACGAAAGCGGAUGCCGAGCGCGUUAUGCAAUCUUUCAAGGACCAACGCUUUGCAACAUAACCACCUGGAUCUUCCAGCUGUCGCCUGAGUCCACGAAGCAGUUAUUGAAUACAAGCUCCGACGAAUGGCCAGUUCCGUGGAUCUGUGAACUUUCUCAUUUCCUGAUCUUUUACUGUAUGUAUGGAAUCAUGAGAGGAGAAACGUUGAUAAAGUAUCACUACCUUGAGGAUGGAACUUUCUUGUACUGUGGUUUUAAAGAUGCCGAUCAGCCACAUCGAAACUACAAGGUAGUAUUAACGGCUUGUAGAACAUCUUCACGAUUGUACGAGGAAGACGAAGAGUUUCAACACCAUCAAGAGGUGCCUGUCUCCGGAAACUCUAGAGCCGAUAGAGAGACGAUAAAAGAAGACCUAAAAGAGAAAAGAGCAGAAGUAUUGGCUGAAGCUGCAGAGGCGUGA